AUGUCGCUGUGAGCUUGUUCCUCUUUUCACCACAGCGCAAACUUCCUCGUACGCGUCCAGUCGGCUACGCUGCGCUCCGCCGCCUCGUCCGCAUCCCCCCCCCCCUGCGCCCAGCGACGGCAGAGGAAUGGCUCCCACAUCACAGAAAUGAGAAGCAGUCCUCACAAGCUCAUCCUCAUCUAGAAGAUCUAACACCGCAGGAGUAACAGUCGCAGUGACAGCUUGAAGCGCGAAGGCACUAUGGGCUGCGUGGGCUCGAAGAAGGAGCAGGAGCCUCUCAGCAAAGGGAUGGGACACGACGAGCUGCAGAACCGGGCACAGACAGCACACUAUGUCAAAGACCCCACCGCAGGACACUCUGGGAACAAAGCUAGCAAAAUGCCAUCCAUUGGAAACUCAGACGGAGAGAGCAUUGCCAUGGCACUAUACGACUACGAGGCCAUUCACGAGGGAGACCUCGGCUUCAAGAAGGGAGAUAAGGUCAAAAUCUUAGAGGAAUCGGGGGAGUGGUGGAGAGCUAUGUUAAUCAGUACAGGUCAGGAAGGCUACAUCCCCAGUAAUUAUGUAGCCAAAGAUACUCUGGAGGCAGAGGAGUGGUUCUUCAAGGGUGUGAGCAGGAAAGAUGCCGAGAGGCAGCUGCUGGCCCCUGGGAACAAAGUGGGAUCCUACAUGAUCCGAGACAGUGAGACCACCAAGGGCAGCUACUCUCUGUCUGUCAGGGACAUUGAUGUCCAGUCCGGUGACACAGUUAAACAUUAUAAGAUCCGUACGCUGGACAAUGGAGGAUUCUACAUCUCUCCCCGCAACACAUUCAGCACCCUGCAGGAGCUGGUCAGCCAUUACAAGAAGCAGGGCGACGGCCUCUGCCAAACCCUGACCAACCCAUGCUUGAGCCCCAAACCUGAGAAGCCGUGGGAGAAAGAUGCUUGGGAAAUCCCGAGAUCAUCACUGAAACUGGAAAGGAGGCUUGGUGCCGGCCAGUUUGGAGAAGUCUGGAUGGCGACGUACAAUAAGCACACAAAAGUAGCAGUGAAGACCAUGAAGCCUGGCAGCAUGUCAGUUGAAGCCUUCAUGGCUGAGGCCAACCUGAUGAAGAGUCUACAGCAUGACAAACUGGUCCGACUCCAUGCCGUGGUCACCAAGGAGGAGCCUAUCUAUAUCAUCACUGAGUUCAUGGAAAAAGGUAGUUUAUUAGACUUCCUAAAGAGUGAUGAAGGCAACCGUGUGCAGCUGCCCAAGCUCAUUGACUUCUCUGCCCAGACUGCAGAGGGCAUGGCCUACAUUGAGCAGAGGAACUACAUCCACAGGGACCUGAGAGCUGCCAACAUCCUGGUCAAUAAGGCUCUAGUGUGCAAAAUUGCUGACUUUGGCCUCGCCCGUAUCAUUGAAGAUAACGAGUACACAGCCAGGGAAGGAGCCAAGUUCCCCAUCAAAUGGACAGCCCCCGAGGCCAUCAACUACGGCUCUUUCACCAUCAAAUCUGAUGUGUGGUCCUUUGGCAUCUUGCUGACUGAGAUUAUCAGCUAUGGACGCACACCAUACCCAGGGAUGACAAACCCAGAAGUGAUCCGUUCCCUGGAGAAGGGCUACCGAAUGCAGCGCCUGGACAGCUGUCCCACCGAACUCUAUGAAAUCAUGCUGGAGUGCUGGAAGAACAAGCCUGAGGACCGUCCCACCUUCGAUUACCUGCAGAGUGUCCUGGAGGAUUUCUACACAGCCACAGAGAGCCAGUAUCAGCAGCAGCCAUGAGACUUUUUCAUUACAUCACUUUACAUUCAUACUUAAUUGCAAGUCCAUUUUCCACAUGCAGCAGCGCAGUUGACACACACACACACACACACACACACACACACACACACACACACUCUCUCUCUCUCUCUUUCUCUCUCUCUCUCUUUACCAUUCCCUUUCUGUUUGUUUCUGUCUCUUUCUCGUUCACACACACAUAAUACAUAGUAAGGGACUGUAAAAAAAAUAUUUGUGAGGGUUAAAACUUAGGACAUUUUAAAACAAUAUAACCAGAGACAUUAAGAAAAGCCAAAUAUAAAAGCAAUAUAUACAGUAGCUAUUAUUAUUACUAUUACUAAUAUUAUGAUAACACAAAUCCCACCUUAUGCUGGUCAUGGCCAAACCAAAUCAGAUGUUGUCUUAUGAUGUUCCAAAGGCUUGGUCAUACAGUAGGCUAACAUCACCAUAGCUGCAUUAGCUGCACUGGAUAUUUAUCUUCACAAAACUAACCAGAAAUCAUCUGGAUGCACAUCAGCAGCACCCUUGUGAAUCACUGGACAUUUAUAGUGCAUGACAGAUAUGUGUAUUAGUUAUAGCUGCAGCCUCUAAUUAUGAUAAGUGACACAAAAAAAGAAUACUUCACAUAAUUUAUUUGUGCUUUUAUUGUACUAGAUUUAUUUUACUACAGAUUUCGGUUCACUGUUUGUGAGAUAAAGCUGCACGUCAUUAUGCACAGAAAACAUGCAACCUGACAUUUAAAACUACCUCUACCCAGAGAUAAUUGCCGGUAAUGAAUCGGUAGUAUGCCGGAAAGGACAGCAAGACUGAGUACUUGUAUCAAAUUUGCAAGGAAAGACUGAAAGGAAACACAUCUGGAGGGAAUUACAGGUCCUCAACUGCUGUAAAAAAUUCUGAUGACUUUUUUCUAAACAAGAAUAUAAGACAGAUUGCUCUCCCAUUGCCCUCACCCAGUUAUAUUUUUUCUACAGUCCCUAACAUAUCAUUCGAACACCUUUGAAAGUGUUCUACAAAACAUGUACAGCAUGAAGGAAACUGCAAUACAUGCAAUUGUAAAAGCAUGACUGUAUCACACACCGCUAUUAUUUUACAUGCAUGGUCAUAUUCACAAACAAACAGUUGUUGGCCACCUGAAAGCAAUCACAUGGAAAAGAAUGGACUGCUUUGUUCUGCUUCAGCACACACUGUGCAUCCAUCUAAGGAAGGUACAACCAUAACACAGAUGAUCACAGGAAAACACUGGCAGUGUUCAGCUCUGAUAUUGCAGUGUUGAUCUCAACAAUUCAGCAAGCAAAGGGUGUCGUUGUCUACUCCCCUCCUCUUAAAUGCAGUGUUUUACAUUGUGAAAGGAGAACGGUACUGUGGACUUCACAGAGUGUAAGAUAUAUGACUGAUCAUUCAUAAAUCCUCUAUUUAAAUUCCAUAGAUAUUUUCCAUGAUACUGUGUUUUUUUCACCAUUACUCCUUCAUUGUGCCUUUUGCAAUGUUUGUUUCUUUUUUCAGUAAUUUAUAAUAUAUUGCAUACGCUCUGUAUUUAUAAAAUUAUGAAUACAAAUAAAUACAAUUACAUAGGAGUAGAGUCUUCAAUGUGAAGCCAUAUGAAGUAAUAAUGCUUGAUGAUCCUUUUGGCCCAUUAAACUGUUGUUCUGUAUUUGGGGAGUAAAUGAAAGAAGCGGAUACAGAUUUUCACAUCUUUUGGCCUUCUUUUUUCUGUGUGAAAAAAAUAUUUAUUGGUGCAAAUAGUACUGCUCUGAACAUCACUGUAUCUUAAAUGGGAUCAUGUUUUUCAGAGUAAAAGCUUUUUCAAUCAUUUUCUCAGUCAAGGACUCAUGAUUGUGCUCUUUUUCAAGACUGUUUUGAUAAUGUGUCUCUCAUGUUGUUGGAAAUACUAAUGUGAAAAUCCUAACAUUUCAAAGAGAGUAAUCUCAAGUGUAUAAGAUCAUUUUAUCAUUUCUUGAUUUGGUAGCAUACAUUUAGAAAGAACUGUGAGGAACAAUAUGUGAGAGAAGUUUGCAAAGUGACACAAGGGAUUGUGACAUUACUGAACCAAUAUUCUUAGUUACAAUUGUUUGUGUUUUCUUUAUCAAUAAAAACCCUUUGCAUAUUUUGUUAGAUGUUCUGUUCAACGGUGACAUUUUUUAAAUAAAUGUUAUAAUAAUUAACAAUUACUGUAUCUAACCCUAACCCAAAUGUAUAAUUAUAUAACAGCAAGCAUUUUGUAGCAUAAGUUAGCAUAAAAUAAAUUUAAAAUGUUGUGCUUUUCUA